GGGAAGGGAAGCCACCGAGGAAGGGGGUGAGGCAACAUGACAGCCGCUCCUGGCCCAGACUUUCCGUCGGGACGGGGCGUAAAGAAAGGGAAGCCCAGUCCCGCCGCCCAGGAGAGAGGAGGGGACUCGGCGGCGAUGGAGCUGAACUUGGGCGCGAGUUUCGGGAAAAGUUUUUAGACUUGGGCAAAAGGUCUCGCGCUGACAGCCCGCAAAACUUGGCGGGAAUGCCGCCUCUCCCUCUCCCUUUUCUCCUCUCCCCCGACGCCGCAGCCUCUGCUCCGGAAUCGAGCCGCCGCUACGAAUCCCAUCCCUGAAGGCGUUUCCCGCGGGCGAUUUUAACUUGCUCGGCCGCUUUUUCCGCUCGGCUUGAGCGAGGGGAGCCCCGCUGGCCGAGACGGGCGUCCGGGCGAGAUUUCCCCCAUUGGCGGGAGAUGCCGGCAUCUUAGGCGCCUCUCGUCUAGGCUUAGGGACUCGGCCCAGCAUGGCCGUCUAUGCCUUGACUGGCUUUUCCCUGGUCAGCCUGCUGAGCUUCGGCUACUUAUCCUGGGACUGGAUGAAGCCCGGUCUGGUGGCUGAGGUUUCGGGGGACCCGGCGGGGAAACCUCGCCUCCCGCCUGCUUUCUCCAGGCCUCCCCACAUCGUUUUCAUUCUGACCGACGACCAGGGCUAUCACGAUGUGGGCUACCACGGCUCGGACAUCCAGACUCCGACGCUGGACAGGUUGGCUGCCGAAGGGGUUAAACUGGAGAAUUAUUACAUCCAGCCCAUCUGCACGCCUUCCAGGAGUCAGCUUAUCACGGGAAGGUACCAGAUCCAUACAGGUCUUCAGCACUCAAUCAUCCGUCCCCGACAGCCAAAUUGCUUGCCUCUAAACCAGGUCACUCUCCCACAGAAGCUGCAGGAAGCCGGCUACUCUACCCACAUGGUUGGCAAAUGGCACUUAGGUUUUUAUCGUAAAGAAUGCUUGCCAACACGCAGGGGCUUUGAUACCUUCCUGGGCUCACUGACAGGAAAUGUGGAUUAUUAUACAUACGACAACUGUGACGGGCCAGGAAUAUGUGGGUAUGAUCUUCAUGAUGGGGAAAAUGUAGCCUGGGAACAAAGUGGCAAGUAUUCCACGUUCCUUUACACCCAGCGAGUCAGAAAAAUUUUGGCAACCCACAACCCCAAGAAGCCUCUCUUCAUCUACAUAGCAUUCCAGGCAGUGCAUACCCCUUUGCAGUCCCCGAAGGAAUACAUCUAUCGCUAUCGCUCCAUGGGCAACGUUGCCCGCCGCAAAUAUGCUGCCAUGGUCACAUGCAUGGAUGAAGCUGUGAAGAAUAUCACCUGGACCUUGAAGAAAUACGGCUAUUAUGACAACAGUAUUAUUGUUUUCUCUACAGAUAAUGGAGGGCAGACGUUCUCUGGGGGAAGCAACUGGCCAUUGCGAGGCCGCAAAGGAACAUAUUGGGAGGGAGGAGUGCGUGGCAUUGGAUUUGUCCACAGUCCACUGAUUAAACGCAAGCGAAGGACCAGCAGGGCGCUCAUCCACAUAACUGACUGGUACCCAACCUUAGUAACUUUAGCUGGGGGCAAUGUGUCUGAAGCAGAUGGCUUGGAUGGCUAUAAUGUGUGGCCAGCUAUCAGCGAGGGCAAAGAGUCACCCCGCACUGAAAUCCUGCACAACAUUGACCCUUUGUAUAAUCAUGCCAAAUAUGGCUCUUUAGAGAAUGGCUUUGGCAUCUGGAACACAGCAGUACAGGCCUCUUUACGGGUGGGAGACUGGAAACUUCUUACUGGAGAUCCUGGCUACAGUGACUGGAUCCCACCACAGACUCUAACCAAUUUCCCGGGGAGUUGGUGGAACUUAGAGCGCCUGACAGAUGGGAUGCGGCAGUCUGUCUGGCUUUUCAACAUUACAGCCGAUCCAUACGAGCGCUAUGAUCUGUCAGAUCAGCGUCCUGAUGUGGUCAGGGCUCUGCUUUUUAGGCUAGUUAAUUACAACCAGACUGCCAUCCCUGUCAGAUAUCCUGCAGAAAACCCACGAGCUCACCCUGACUUCAAUGGUGGCGCCUGGGGACCUUGGGCCACAGAAGAGGAUGAAAGAUGGGAAGUAGGGCACGGAAAGCCAAAAAACAAAAAGAGGAAAAAGAAGUGCAAGAUCUGUAAGCUACGCUCCUUCUUCAAAAAGUUGAACACCAGAAUGAUGUCAAACCGCAUCUGAGAUGGGACAGGCUAGGUUCUUGCCAAAAGUCAGAUUGGAAGAGAGCUGUUCCAAAAAAUGGAAGUAGGGGGAGAGAGCAGUAGAGUAUUCUCCUUUCUGUUCAGCUUGGAGUGAAGUGAGAUGGACUAUCAUCUCUUCUUCCCCUAUUGUGAGGUAGGGAUAACCAAGUCUGCCUAACCAUCCCACUUUGUCUUUCCCCCAAUUUCAGCACCAACAUUGCUGAUUCUGAAUAUGGGCAGACUUUGCAACCGCUAUUUGACAUAGUGUCUUCCUUUUAAAUGUUAUGACACGAGAUGGUACUCAAUGUGUUAUUAGUCAUUCUAGAAGAUUGCAGCAAAGAUACCUAAACUAUCCCACUCAGGAACUAGUGGGAAGGAUAUACAUUCUCAUUCUUUAACCAAAGAUGAAAUUGUUCUUUACCCAGGGAAAGAAUCGCUUAAGGAUGAAAUUGUUCUGUAUUUGCUAUUGACUCAUGGAAUGCUGACCAUAAAUAAUCUUAUAUAAUGUUUUUGCUCUCAGAAAGUGAUUGUGGAUUUUUCUCUCCCUGGAGACUGUAGUUGCCUCCUUCUGAUCACUUUAGUGCCUGUGGGUGUAGAUACAGAAGACCUGGCUGGGACAAUUAUUUUUAUCAGAGUUAAAAUGCAGAUCUGGUGUGGUGCAAUUUCCCCCCACCCCCUGAAUAUGCAUAAAGCCAAACAUCUUGUAUAUGUGGGCAGGGGCAUCAGUAAAGGCUGUGUGAGUGUUGCUUGAGCUAAGAGCAUAGUCUUAUAUAUGCAGAAGGAGUAGAUAAGAGCUGAAUUUUUACAUUGAUUGACAGAUCUGUUUACUUCCACUGAAUGACUGCUCUUAUAUAAUUUUUUUUCACUAUGCAGAUUUUCUUUCCUGCAAUUUUGAGUGUACUGCAGAUGAGCUCUUGUUCAUCUAUAGAUCUAUUCAAAUACAGAAGAGUAAUUGCAAGCUGCUUCCAUACGUCAAUUUUUAUGUAAAACAAACUAUGCAAUACUCAUGAUUAGCUCACAAAUAGUUAAAAUCUUACUGUUUGGGGAGCAGAUGCUUGAAUUUCUUCAUAAUGGUAGAAUUAAUAUUUACAAAUGUGAUGAUUAUUGGCUGAAUUUAUGUUUAUGUUUUUUUUAAAGAAAAAAACCAGUCCAUUUUAUCUAUUAAUGCGAGUUAAUCAUGGUGAUUAAUGCAUGGUUUGGGGAUGUUCUAUUGGGCCAGUGUUUAGCUCUUAGCAAUCACAUACAUAAAUUUUCAUUGAUGAUUAUUGAUGAUCAUUGAUGAUCUAUCAUCUUUAAUGAGCUGUGGUGGCACAAUGGUUAGAAUGCAGUAUUGCAUGCUAAUUCUGCCAACUGCCAGCAGCUGGAUUCUUAUUGGCUCAAGGUUGAUUCAGCCUUCCAUCCUUCUGAGGUCAGUAAAAUGAGGACCCAGAUUGUUGGGGGCAAUAUGCUAACUCUUUAAACCACUUAGAGAGGGCUAUAAAGCACUGUGAAGCGGUAUAUACUGUAAGUCUAAGUGCUAUUGCUAUCCCUAAUGUGGUCCUUCAAGUCUUCCAUUGGUGCAUACAGUCAUUCUCUUCUUCUCUUUCUUAUCACCUUUCCCAGCAUCAGAGCCUUUUCAGAGAAUUAAGUCUUCACAUAAUGUGUCCAAAGUAGGAUCCUUUGAGCUCCAAGUGGGAACUUUGGAUUGAUUUGUUCAUCAAUCCAUUUGUUUGUUUUCUUAAAGUAUAUUCCCUGGAGUCUUCUCCAACACCAAACUUUAAAAGGGUCAAUACUCUUCCCAUCCUGCUUCUUCAAAGUACAACUUUUGCUUCCAUAGAUUGUGACAGAGAAUUGAAUGGAUUAUUCUCAUCUUUGUAGGUGUAGAUACAUCAGAGCAUCUGAAUAUUUUUUCCAAAGUCUUCAGGGCUAUUCUGCCAAGUGCUAUUGGGGAACAUAUUUCUUAACAGCUGUUCCCAUAGUGUGGAUGGUUGAUCCUAAAAGGCAGAAACUGUCUACCAUCUUGAUAUUUUAGGUUAUGGUUGUGAAAUUAAAUCUUCAUAUUCAAACCAUAAAACACAGUGUUGAAGAUAAAGAUGAAUGUUCUAGAAAUUUCCAGUGGCAUCUGGCUGGCAUCUGAGGGACACAGAGACUGAAUGAAGCUGAUUGCUGGUCUUUCCAGCAGAAUUUUUUUGGCCAUCUUAUAUUUUAGUUAUGUUGACGCUUGUUUAUAAAGCUUCUGAUUAAAAAAAAAAAAGAAUUUAGCAAUCUGGAAAAAUUAGGAUAUUUGGAUCUUAGGCAAGUCUGAAAAAAGAAAGUUUGGCCUCCUUAAAAUAUUCAUUUGAAUGAAUCAACUCCUUAAAGAAGUUGUACCUUUUUUAAGGCUCAUGCAGAGGUCUUGGGCAAGAGGAACUACUUUGAAGCAUUGCAGAGAGGUGUUGUGCUUUCACAUGGUCCAAAACGCUUCUUCUGAGUCACUUUCAAAGAUUGCUCAGCCCUAAAGAUUAUACAUUACCCUGAGUCUCUAAGGCAGCAUGUGUCUUUGAAUACCAAUUGACAGGGAAUAUGAGAGUUUGGUGAUGCUUGAAGGAUUUCCAUGGGUAUUUGUUGGGUCACUGCAGGAGCAAGAUACUGGUUUGAAUUUUCUAAGACCCAUUAUGCAUUUGCCUCGAACUAUAUACAUUUUUUUCUUCCUCUCUUUCUGUCCACCUUGCCAAACACAGGAGUAAGCUUGUGAAAGUUGCUUUUAAAGAGAAUACAUUUCCAGAGCCUGGUGCUAAACUCUAUUUCUCUUCUCUUUUCUGGACUAGUGAUUCUCCCUUCUAAAAGCUAUAGGCAGUGUUGCCUGCCUGGGGCUUCCUUGGGGCAGAGAAGCUGAAGGAUUGUACGCAGGCUCAUGUAGACACAUUCUGAUGAGCAGUGAAAUGCUGAUCUUAAAUUAGAGUGGUGUUGACUUUCCAGCCUGACUUAGAAGAGGAUGAUAUCUCUGGUUGGUAGGAAGCCCCUGAAAUGUUCCUGCAAAGUGACAAUGGUUGCCUGGAUCACAUAAUUUCGUUUUGGUGUUUUGUGGAAACAGUUCCCGUAUGUAUACCACCGAAGAGGAUGCUAUCCAAAAAGAGGGCAAACAGCUCUAAAAUCAGUUAACCAUAGGAGCUUGAUUUUAUUUACACUUACAUAAUGCGUUUUACAUUUUUCUAUCCAUAGGUUUUAGUUGGUACAGUGUGUGUGGGCGAAAGCCCUGCUGUGAAUUUAAAAAAAAAAUGUUAUUUUUGUCCCUAGAGAAUGAACCCUUUUAAGGAUUUGUCAACUCAUUGAUGAGCUGUGUGAGGUUCUUUUUUUUUCAUGUCACUAAAAUCUGUGACAGUUGGCAGGGCUUAGACUACCCAAGUAUACAAUGCACUCCUUUUCAUAGUACCCUGGAGAUCUGUUUGUGCCUUCUGAACAAAGUGUAAUUUGCACCAUAGGGCUACUUAUGGUUCUCCCAGAAUGAUGGCUUAACGUAUUCAUGGGUUAAGGAGAAGGAGGAGAAGGAGAAGGAGAGUUGCAAUUGUUUCUUAGAAGUGGCUAACGUACAAUGAGUCUAAUUUAUCACUUCAGAGGCAUUUCUAAAGAAUUGUCCCUGUUUGCCCAUGAAGUAGGUCAGUUUUCCAAACCAGAAAGAACAAAGAAUGGAUAGAGCUGACUGCUAAUUCAGUGCUGAAUUAACACACAGCAUUACCUUAUUCUUUUGGAUAGUCCCGGUAGAGGAAGGGAGGACAAUGACAUUUACAUUUAUUAAAAAGUCAGGGAGAUGCAGUGGACAAAUGGUUGGUGAAAAUGAUGGAAUUUGUUCAGAUGGCCAAACUGACUUUCUUGAUCAGAGAAAAGACAAUGUCUACAUUUAUCGCAUACUGGGAACCCCUUAUAGACGCCUUGUGUGAAAAAGAAAAAAAAAACCUUAAGAUUUAUGGUAAACUUAUAGUUGUAUUUAUAAGUGCUAUAAAGAAAAUUGGAAAUUU